AUGAAGGGCCAGCAGCAAAAAUCUGGCAAAAAAGCAGAGAGGAAGGGGGAGCUGAGGCCGGUCAAGGAUCACCGUGCUAAGGAUCCCGGGAAUCUCAGUCCAAGAGGCCAAAACUUUUGGAAAGCUUCAGGAAUUGGCGGGAAAACAAGAAGAUCGAAGGAAACGAAAAAAAAAAGCAAGCAGCAGGGCACUUCAACGGGCGGCGAACUUGCUAGAGGUUUCGCGGAAUCCCAGCCGGAGCCUCGCUCGGACGGGGUCAGGCGGCGAUCGUGCGAUCUUGGACCGAGAUUCUCCCUGGACGCUGGCCGGAUUCCGUUCGAUGAACCUAGGCUUUCGUUGGACAUCCGAUCCGUGCGUUCCCGAUUUCAUGCGCCCGUUCCGGCGAUCCAGCGAUCCGACGGUCAGAUACCGGUCGAAGAGGAUCUCAUGGUCCCCGGCAGUUCUAAGCAAGCCAAAAACUACUACUAUUAUGAUUCUUCUUCUAGAAGCCGGAGGCGGAGCUUGGACAGAUCAAAUUCAGUGAAGAAAUUCAACCUUGAGAUGAAUGAACAAAAACCGGCGUCAAGCGGUAGAGUACUGUUGCCCGCAGUAAGAAGUGAAUCCUUCAGACACUCGAGCUCGGAUGCUUUCGUUGAUGACCCGCCCGAUAGCUUUAGAGGGAAGAAGUCGAGAAAAUGGAGCAUUUGGGGAUUGAUACACCGUCAGAGUACCAGCAGCAGCAGAGGAGGAGGAGGAGGAGACAAUGUAGAUUGUUUGCGGGCUAACGAGUACAUUGACGGGUACAAUUAUAACGGGAGGGUUUCACGGAGUAAUAGUGCUGUGAGCUUGAGGAGGAGUUGCGACUAUGGCAAUGGCGGGCUUGGGAGUAUGAGGAAGAAGGGUUUAGGGUUAGAGAGGAAUGGGAGUUUGAGGGAUAAUAACGGUUAUCAUUUGUUCACGCGGUCAUAGUUGGCUUGUUGAUCAUCAACAGAAUGGUAUAGUCUAGCAUUGGCUUAUGAAUGCAUGUAUGUAUGUAUGUGCUAAAACUUUUAUCAGUACCGUCUCUUUCGAACAAUCCCUACGUUUGAUCGCUUGCGCUUUACUUAUACUAUGAGGUUAACGGGCUAGCUAGCGAGGGGAGGGAUUUCUGUGACUCUUGAAGAAGCAAAUUAAUCUGCGAGGUUUGAUCAGCUAGCCUCGGCUUAAAUUUGUAGUUAGUAGUAACUGAGUUAUAAAACUGCGUUGGUCAACCUGAUCAUAGGAACCACUCAGAGAAAUUUCACCGGACAAAAAUAAAAGCAGAAUUUGCAGUCAGUUCCCAGUUUCAGAUCAAUUUUGUGUAAGCUCGCUCGUCGUUGUUUCCCUGCUGCACUAUCAGGUGACAUGCAUACAUGUUUUCUGAUGGAACUGUUGUUUUAUAUAUGUUCUGCGCUAAUUUCUGUAGCAGUGCCUGUAAAGUUUGUUCCACACCAUCAGUAAUAAUACGACUUGGGCCCAUUAUGUUUCA